AUGGCUAAUACAUCAACGAGUAGCGAAGAACAAUCAACAUUAGAUGCUUUCCUAGAUAGAAUUCAAGUUGUCAGCGAUGAAUUGCAAAGAAGCAGCAGCGAGCCUCGAUUGACGACCAAUAAUCCUGAAUUUAACCUGACGUCGUUUUGGCAAACUCUACUGUCCUAUGUUCAAAAUCUAUCAACGCAAACCCUUAAACUAUGUAUUGUGUGGUCCAAGCCUCCCUACCCUUCGGGCAAGGAACUAAAUGAACUAAUCACACCGAUGGAAUUAACUCUGUUUGGUGUUGCAUCUUCAUUUUACAGUUAUCAUCGAUCCGCAGGAUUAACAUUAUACAAGCUUAUCCAUGGCAAUGUCGCGAUAACUGUAUCUAACCUUCAUUCUUUCAUUUCUUUAACGAGUGAGAUACCGAACAAAAGGCCAACAAAUACUUUAAUCAUAGCAUAUUUGUGUGACUCCAGCAAUAAUAGUAAACAAAUUGCCUAUGCAGCUGAAAAAGUAGUCGAAGCGUGCGAAAAUCUAGAAAAAAUGCAAAAAGAUAAUGUGCAAGCUUGCUUACAUGUAAUAAAAUCUUCAAAAGAUUUGUGUAAGGAUGCUUUGAUCGAAGCUCAACAGGCCAUUGUGGAUAAUGGAGAUGAUGGCAGUGGAAGCACUUGGUCUUCUAAAGAUAAAAACAUUGCGUACGCUACUGUUGGAUUAAUGAAAGUUACAACUGCCACCUUAAAUAAAUUAUCGUCUACAAUAAAAGCGAGUGGUUUCAGUUCCAACGAAAGCCACAACCGUGAUUUAGACAACUUGACAUUAAACACUGAUCAACUUAGUCCUCGCUUGGAUAAUUUGGUCAUAAGCCUUUACGCUCCUGUAACUUAUGAAAAUGUAGAAACUUGUGCUUUGGACCUACACGAUUGUAUCCUAAAUAUUUUACAAUUUACUAGGGCAUCUUACUUUUGUAAAGAGGCUGAUAUGGAAUGGAUAAGUUUUUUAGAAAAUGCUUGCAAGCAUAAUAUAGAAAAAGUGAAAACCACCGUUCAAGGAAAGUGA